AUGUCCUAAACUUUAGAUGCGUUUUCUAGAAGCAUAGUAUUAACAACUAUACCUUUGGAAGAUUUAAAGUUCGUUUAUUCAGUACCAUAAAUAGUUGAUCCUGAUCCAAUCACAUGCAUUAUUGAGUCUAGUGUAAUUUAGUUUAGAUGUUUUAAUAGCUCAUGAGGAGGGAGGAAUAUAUGUUGGAGGAUAUGAAGGAGCAAAGGAUCUUGAUAUGCUUAAGAGAUUAAAAAUUAGGGCAGUAUUAACAGCAAGUUAGGAAACGGCAGUUUAAUAUAGUGAUUUGGUGGUUUAGUUUCAUCAUGUAGUAUAAGCACAUGAUAAAGAUGAUUAUAAUAUAUUACAAUUUGCAGAUUAAACAUUUGAUUUUAUUGAAAGACAUAGAAAACAUACUAAUAUAUUGGUUCAUUGUUUUUUGGGAAUCAGUAGAUCUCCUACUAUAGUAGUUGCAUAUUUAAUGAGGAAAUACAAUUUGAAUAUGGAGAAAGCUUUAUGGAAAUUGAAAUCAAAGAGAAGAUAGGUAAAUCCAAAUACAGGGUUUUUGAAAUAACUAUUAAAUUAUGAGAAAUUACUAUAAUAAUAAUAAUAAUAAUAAUAAUAAUAAUAAUUUCAAUAAACAAAAACAAAUAGCAUAUUUAAAAUGGUUAGAUAAUAAGCUAUUCCUUAAACAUAGAUGCUACCUCAAAGUCGAAUAUUACCUAUGGAUAGUAGAUUAAUAAUUUAAAAACAACCUUCUUAAUAUAUGGGACCUACUUAUUAUAAAUGA